GUAGCAGCUUUAUAUAUCUACUCCCUCCCCCAAAGUGAAAAACCAAUCUGCCAUUCUAAUGGAUUUCAACAUGAGCAGCUCUGUAAUAAGCAUCACAAUUCUAUCAUUUACUGUCUUCCUGUCCAUCAUAUUCCGAUGGGCGAGAAGAAACAAUGGGAUACUGGCUUUGCCAGGACCAUUUCCACUACCCGUCAUAGGAAACCUCCAUCAAUUGGGGACUCUUCCUCAGCGAGCUCUGCACCGCAUGGCAGACAAAUACGGGCCAAUAAUGUUGGUGAAAUUCGGGUCUAUUCCGAUCGUCAUUGCGUCUUCUUCUCAGGCGGCCAAGCAGUUUCUGAAGACCCACGACCUGAUUUUUGCAAGCAGGCCGUCUACUGCCGCCGGAAAACACCUGUUUUACAACCGCAAGGACAUCUUGUUUGCUCCCUACGGUGCUUACUGGCGAAACAUGAGGAAAAUAUGCGUUGUGGAGCUACUGAACAGUAAGAGAAUUGAGUCGUUUAAGGGCGUUAUGGAGGAAGAGGCGCUCUUGAUGGUGCGGUCGAUUUGGGAGAAGAGUGAGCAGGGCAGAGUGUGCGUUGAUGUGAGCCACAGCGUUGCCUGCUAUGCCUCUGAUUUGACGUGGAGAAUUUUGACCGGCAGGACGAAUGCCGAUCGCCAGAAGGGCGGUGACUUGUUUGAGAAGCUGGUUAUGGAGGUGACUGAAUUGAUGGGCGCUGUGAAUAUUGGUGAUCUCAUUCCUUGUUUGGAGUGGCUCGAUUUGCAGGGGCUCAGACGGCGUAUGAAGAAUUUGCACCGCCGGUUGGAUGCCGUUUUCCACAAGAUAAUUGAUGAACAUGCGGAGCGCGAGAGGAGGUCCAGCGUGGAGGAGGAAGAGGAAGAGGAAGAGGAGCGGCAGAAGGACUUGGUGGACGUGCUUCUGGACACGGAAACGACACGAGAUGAGAAGAAGGCAAUCAUUUUGGAAUUGUUUGUUGCUGCAAUAGAUACAUCAGCAACUGCAUUAGAAUGGGCAAUGAGUGAAUUAUUGAGAAACCCAUGUGUAAUGAAGAAAUUACAAGAUGAAAUUAGUUUUGUGGUAAAAAAAGAUGAGGAAAUAACGAAUUCUCAUAUCUCAACCAUUGAAUACUUGCAUUGUGUGGUGUUAGAGACAUUACGAUUACAUCCACCAGGUUCCUUGCUCACCCCCCAUGAAUCUAUAGAAGAUUGUAUUGUGAAAGGACCUCAUUGUGACUACUUUUUACCAAAAGGAACAAGGCUUAUUGCUAAUAUUUGGGCAAUAGGAAGAGAUCCAAAUGUAUGGGAGAAUCCAUUGGAAUUCAAGCCUGAGAGAUUUAUGGGUAAAAAUUAUGAUAUAAUUAGAGAUUCAGAAUUAAACAUGAUCCCUUUUGGGGUAGGAAGGAGAGGUUGCCCAGGUGCUUUGAUGGGCAUUGCCACUAUUGAGGUUGCAUUAGGAUAUCUCAAUCACUACUUCGAAUGGAGAACUCAAGAAGAGAUAGACAUGAGAGAAUCUUUUGGAGCUACCAUUCCAAGAAAAGUCCAUCUAUUUGCUAUUCCAACUCGGAGGUCAAGUGUGAAUGCACCUUCUUCCCUUAGAAUAUAAUCACUAUACAAAAAAUUGCUAUGUUUUCACUAUAAUUAUGCAUAACAUGAAUUUAUAAAUCAAUAUUCUUCUCACUACAUGAGACGAAUAAAAAAUGAUAUUGUAUAUGCAUUUAACCUAUUUUCAUUUUACUAUUUCAAGUAAAUUAAUUCAUAUUUAUAUCCAUUUUUAGUA